GAAGUGUUCAACAGUUGAAGCCUGAAGGCUGAAGCCAAGGCAUUUCUUUUUGUUAGCAUAAUUCCGUCUUCUUCAUGGACGACGGCCAUCAGAGCCCACUGUAACUCAGGUUCUUGUAAUUCGAGAAAUGGCCUUCUUGUCAACAAACAACUUCUCUUUAUACUCACACACACGCACCAACAUUCACUGCUCCAAACUAUCAAACCAUAACGUCCGCAUCACUAAAAACAAUCGACACACUAUAACACUCCCCAAAAAUCAACUCAUCACUUCAUGUGUCACUAAAACCAACUUCUCAACUUCAAAUCCCUCUAAUUUAAUUGCUCAUUUGAUCUCUACCCACAUAAAAAUCCCCAAAAUUUUAACUGAAAAUGCUGUAAAACUGCUUGUUGGGUCCCUAAUUUUGGUGAGUUCUGUUAGUAGUAGACCAGUGAGGGCAGAAGCAGUACAAAGUGGCGUGAAUUUCGAGGAGGAGAGAGAAACCCAGCAAGAGAAUGUUAGAGAUGAAGAGAUGUAUGAGAAGUUAUUGGAACAAGAACCCAGAAAUUUGGAAGCUUUAAAAGUGUUAGUUAAUGGGAAAAUGAAAAAGGGGAAGACAAAGGAAGCAGUGAAAUAUGUGGAGAAGUUGAUUGAUAUUGAACCUGAUGAAGUUGAGUGGAGGCUCUUGCAAGCUCUAUGUUAUGAGAUGAUGGGCCAUUUGAGUAAAGCUAAGAGGUUGUUCAAGGAAAUUCUCAAGGAAAGGCCUCUUAUGCUCAGAGCUUUGCAUGGUUUGGCAAUGGUGAUGCACAAGAACCAUGAAGGACCAGUUUUUGAUAUGUUGAACCAAGCUCUGGAACUUGCUUCUCGUGAAAAAAGAGUUACUGAAGAGAGAAACAUUAAGAUAUUGAUUGCACAAAUGCAUCUGGUGAAGGGGGACUUAAAUGAAGCUUUGAAGAAGUACGGAGAGCUAAUUGAUGAGAAUCCUCGAGAUUUCCGGCCUUACUUGUGCCAGGGAAUAAUUUACAGUUUACAGGACAAAAGGAAAGAAGCUCAUGAACAGUUUGAGAUUUAUAGAAGUCUUGUUCCAGAAGAAUUCCCACAAAGAGGAUUCCUUGAAGAUGUUGUACUGGCAGCAAAAACAGAAUCAAGAGAACAGCUGGAGAAGGAGUUUAAGGCUCAAUUCUCAUAUAAGAGAUAACAUGUCAUUAGGGAUGGCAACCAUGACAUCAAUCCCAGUCCCAGCUAAGGCUUCAAGGGUUGAGGCAUCAGCAUCGAAAAGCUUCACCUUCUUUAAGCCAUUGUCUUUCAACAUUCCAACCACAUUGGAUGGUGGUAGUGGAUGUGAUGCAAUGCUUCCCCAAUUUACACCUAUGCUGUAACUAUUUUCUGCACCAUUGGUCAUAACCAUUAGCAUCAAAAGUGUCCAUAGCCAUAGGACCAUGGCUCCAGCCAUGGCGCGUAGAUGGUUCGAGAUUGGGCCGAAGAUGGAGGUCAAUAGAAAUGGUUUGAUCAAAUUUGCAAAAAGAGGAGAAAACUAGUUGGGCAAGGAGAAUAUAGAGGAAGCAAAUGUUUAGAAUAGUGUGUAGAAAACCAGUUUAUGGGAGGUUAGGAGUAAAAAAAGGGUAGUAUUUAAACGAGUAUCCUUUUUAUUCGGCCUUUUGUAUUAAUAUAGUGAGUUGAAAAAUCACUUGCUAUUUUUAGA